AUCAUGACACAUCUGGUCCUCAUUUUUGGUUUUGAUACAUUGGCUCCAUCAUGUGCGUUUUCAGAAGGCUUUGCUGUGUCAAGGAACGCUCUCAGGAUACAAUAUGACGACCAGGAUGACGCGGCCAUCGUGACGUGAGCCUGAGUCAAGGAAACCUCAAAGUGCCGAGAGUAAAGUCUGAGCUGGACUCCCUCAAAGCUUCACUGUCAGCUGAAGCAGAGUCUAUGACGCCUCACACACUGUGGAUAUCAUGACACCCUGUGGUCUGUGCAAAGAAAGCCCUCAGAUCUUCACUACUGACUCAAAACAGGGGACAAUGCCGAUCUGUCUCCAUCAUGACACCCAGUGUCGAGCCAUGGCUGCUGAUCUGGACGUGGUGAAUCUGUUUAUCAUUGCGGGAGGAACACUGGCUAUUCCCAUUCUGGCCUUUGUUGCUUCCUUCCUCCUCUGGCCGUCAGCACUCAUUAAAGUGUAUUACUGGUACUGGAGGAGGACUCUGGGCCUGCAGGUGCGUUACGCAGACUGCGGUGGUUAUCGCUUCUGUUACUCCUACAGAGGAAAGCCCGGGAUGAGACCUUCCAUUUUAAUGCUGCACGGCUUCUCUGCUCACAAAGACACGUGGCUCACUGUCGUCAAGUAUCUACCAAAACAUCUGCACAUUGUGUGUGUGGACAUGCCUGGUCACGAGGGAACGACACGCACCAACACAGAGGAUUACUCCAUUGAGGGGCAGGUCAGAAGGAUCCAUCAGUUUGUGGAAACGAUUCGCUUAAACAGGAAACCUUUCCAUGUGGUCGGAACCUCCAUGGGGGGAAAUGUAGGCGGGGUAUACGCAGCCUGCUACCCCUCAGAGAUCUGUAGCAUGACGCUCAUUUGUCCAGACGGUAUAAGACACCCAUGUGAGACCAAAUUUGACAAUCACCUGCAGGACCUGGAGCACAGCAAUUACACUUUAAACAUCCCGCUGAUCCCCACCACACCCGAGGAGAUGGAGGACAUGUUCAGACUUUGCUCUCAUGUUCGCUUUAAAAUCCCUCAGCAGAUUCUUCAAGGGUUGGUAGACGUUCGUCAGCCUCACAACACAUUUUAUGAAGAAGUAUUUAUGGAGAUUGUUGGUGAGAAAUCAAGAUACGCCUUACAGGAGCACUUACAUCUGAUCACUGCACCUUUACAAGUGAUAUGGGGCAAACAAGACCAGGUGGUGGAUGUCUCUGGAGCUGCAGUCAUUGCAGAGGUGUUGCCUGGAUGCAGAGUGGACCUGCUGGACAACUGUGGACACUCUGUGGUGAUGGAGAGGCCUUGUCGGACAGCCAAACUCAUCCUGGAAUUCAUCAUUUUGCAGCAAGAUGCCAGGGGUGGCACAAAGAAGUCUUCCUGAACUUAAGACUUUUAAUUAUUUCUUUCCACUGCAAUUCUUCACAUGUUCCCUGUAAUAUGACAUGCACAUGUAAACAGAUGUCUGAGCUGCAAAAAAUGUCAUUAAUAAGAGAAAGCACGCUUUAUAGUGCUGCAGCAUCUUAGAUCAGUGGUUCCCAACUGAUGGGUUGUAGUCCAAAAGUGGAUUGUGGGUCCAUUUUGACUGGACCACAUGUGACUCCUGGCCAUUGAGAGAAAAAAACAACAACAACAAUAAAAUCACUUUCUUUUAAAGAUUAAAAAAAGAAUAGGCCUAAAUUCUUUAUUUAUCAAAGGGUGGGUGGUAACAUAUUAUAGAAAUAUUUUUCCUAGAUCCGCCCUCUGUGACUUGGGGGAAAAUGUAUGAUGUGUUCAUCUGACAUGCUGUGUCCUCAGAACAUCAGAAAAGAUUGAAAAUCCAACUAUAAUUUCUGUUUUUACAGUUUCUGACUGUAAUAUAUUGUGGGAUUUUUGUGAUUUUUAUUUUGGUGGGCCCAU